AUGUCUGGCGACAUAUCUGCUGGAACAGUCAUUGAAUUGACCGAUGGGCGCCAGGCGACUGUGCGCUUCGUCGGCAGCACUCACUUUGCGGCUGGAGAAUGGAUAGGCCUCGAGUUGAAUGAAGCUACGGGAAAAAAUGAUGGAUCCGUACAGGGUGAGAGGUACUUCGAUUGCGAGCCAGGAUAUGGCAUGUUCGUUCGUCCAACAGUCAUUGGUAAAGUCAUCCCAAACGCUCCGCGGGAGAGUAAACAAACCACGAAGCCCGCCACUACUGCUGCAGCGACCAGGGUACAGCCUCAAGCUGGCCUUGCUGGUGGAUUGAGAAAGCAGUCCGGGCCUGCACCCGCCAAUACCAGACGGCAAAGCGUCAAUGCAGCUUCGACGCCUACGCCAGCGCCGAGGGGUACAGCCGUGCGAUCGUCUCUUCGAUCACCCACCAAAUCCCCAACGAAACAGCUCGGCACUACCGCAGGCCACGGGACUCGCCCAUCAAUCGGCGGUGCCUCUCGCACCUCCACGGCAGCACCAACUCGACCUCGGCUAGCCCCAAGCACCAGAAGCUCGCUGGCAUCGGCUCCGACCCAGCCGGCCACCACGAGAGCUUCCCGACCUUCAAUAUCCGGGACAACAUCUCGGACUUCGCGACCAGGGUCCCAAAGUACAGUGGCUUCAUCCACGGGCGGCCUAUCAAAACGUCCUUCAUUACGGCAGAUAGGCACUACAAAAGCAUCCGAUGGAGGAGACACGGGAAUUGGUGGACAGUCUGGGGAUCCCACCGACAACGAAUCUCCUGACACUGAAGGGGAAGGUGUACAAGAUGCCGCUCCAGCGCAAAAGGGCCCUCGACAGUCCAUGACCGCCGCACGCCCCGCAGCAUCACGACCCGGAGCUCCUGCUUCUACUAGCACUCGACAAGCACAAGCCGGCGCCGUGAACCGCGAGCUGGAAGAGCUCAACGCCAAGCUCAAAGUUAUGGAGAAGAAGCGAUCCGACGACCGGGAAAAGCUCAAGACACUCGAACAGCUCCAGUCCGAACGUGACAAAUUCGAAGCCAUCAUUCAAAAACUACAAGCCAAAUAUCAACCACAACAAAUGGAGAUUACCGAGCUCCGCAAGAAGCUUAAGGAUACCGAGACCCGCUAUGAUGAGCUAGAACGGUUACAGGCAGAGCAUGAAUCCCUCAUGGAAAUGGCUGGCUUGGACCGGGAGAUGGCUGAAGAAACGGCCGAGGCAUUCAAGCAUGAAUGCGCGGCGUUGCGCUCUAAGAUGGACGAGUUGAAUCUAGAGGUGGAAGUUCUCCGAGAGGAGAAUGAAGAAUUCAGCCAAGUCACUAGUCCCGAGGAAAGAUCCAGCCAUGGGUGGCUUCAGAUGGAAAAGACCAAUGAACGUUUGCGUGAAGCGCUCAUCCGCCUGCGGGAUAUGACACAGCAACAGGAAUCGGACCUUAAAGCCCAAAUCAAAGAGAUGGAAGAAGAUCUUGAGGAGUACUCUGCCGUCAAAUCCGAUUACGAAGCCACCAAAGAGAAACUACUGGUUGCGGAAACAAACGUGGACGAUCUCAAGCAACAGCUAGAAACUGCACUGGGCGCCGAAGAAAUGAUCGAAGAAUUGGCAGACAAGAACAUGCGCUACCAAGAUGAGAUCAAUGAGCUGAAGGCUGCUAUCGAAGAUUUGGAAUCAUUGAGAGAGAUCAGCGAUGAAAUGGAGUACACGCACAUUGAAACCGAAAAACAGCUCCAGGAAGAGAUUGACUAUCGGGAAGGUGUCUUCAGCGACCAAUGCCGAAAAAUCAACCAGCAGGACGAGGUCAUUGUGGACCUUGAAUACACACUCAAUCGCUUCCGAGAACUAGUUUCCAAUCUCCAGACAGACCUGGAAGAUAUGCGGGCCACGAAACAUCUUUCAGAGGCAGAGACCAUUGAGAACGAAGCGCGUCAGCGCACAAUGCAGGAUCUGGCCACCAAACUACAGGCCAACACAACAAAGUCUCAAGCCAACUUCGUUGACGUGGAGUUGAACCGCAUGGAUGCCGAAGAAGCCACUCUGCAGCUUUCCAUGGUCAAGCUGUACCUUCCUGAAUACUUUGAGAGUGAAACCAACUCCGUCCAAGCUUUGCUCCGAUUCAAGCGAGUUGGUUUCAAGGCUAAUAUCAUGCAUAAUACCCUUCAGGACAAGGGCGCAGAACACUCGACUGUGCCGCAUGAGGAAGUUUUCCAAGCUCAAGAGGUUCUUGGAUGUUUGAUGUGGAUUUCGAAUGUAUGCGACCAGUUCGUGAACUACAUCACAAGUUGCUCGCCUGAACAAUUUGUGAACAUUAAGGUUGCGAUGUUCGAAAUGGAGCCAGUGGAGCGUACUUUGAACUUUUGGAUUGAGACUGUCAAGAAGAACGAGGUAAACCUCGCGAAAUUCGCGGUUGAACUGCAGCGCUCCAUCGCCCUUAUUGCGCACCUCGCAGAGACCCUUCUUCCAUCUAGCAUGGAGAAGUUUGCGGAUGAGUUGUGCCUCCGUGCCAGAUUAUCCCAGUCGUACCUCGAUCAUGCAGCCACAGCAGUCACGCGCGUGAAUGCCAUGAUUCAAUCUAAGAUGGUUGCAGCGGAAGAGGGCGACGAGGAAAAACUAGUUACUCUUGAGAAGCUAAGUGCCUUUGACCCACAGGCGCGUGGUUACAAAGUAUCUAUGGGCAAGAUUAGUCGGGCACUGGAUGAUCUACGCUCUAGAUCACUUGCACUUUCACAAGAAUCCGAUGAGCCUUUCAAGAAGGUCGAGCAAGACACCCGUGCCCUUUUGGAAUUUGCUCGAAAGGUCGGCGAGAGCCUGGUCACUCUCACAAGUGAUGAAGGUCGCAUAGAGCCAUACAGUCCGCAGGAGAUUUUGGAUAGCAUGGCACAAGCAGCUGCGUCUUUCACCUCGUCCGAAAAUGCAGACGAUAGCAACGAUCCUGUUUCACUGCUGUUCACGAAAUUGCGGGAAAUCGGUGAGCAGUUUGAAGAACUUGCUUCUAUUUCGUCGGAUCUCUCUCGCACCACUGAAUUCGAGAGAGGCGCGUUCCCUUGGAUUGCGCGUGCUGCGGAACUGAAGUCUAAUAAGAUGUCCUCCCCGGAUGCCGACGAAGAAAUUCGACAAUUAAAGAAUGAGAUCCAUGAAGCCUCAGCCGCGCUCGGCGUGAAAGACAACACUCUCGAGGAGCAAGGACUCAAGAUUGAACAUCUUGAGGCCCGAAUGAGAGAGGCGACCAAGAAGGCUGCCAUGGUCAAGGACCUCGAAGCGAAGAUCGAAGAUAUCCAACUUGCGGCAAGCGAGUUGGAGAAGACGCUCGAGCAGCACCGGAAAGAUCUCACGACCGCUGAAACGGAGCGUGACGAUGUCAUGGCACGCCUUGAACGAAUGAAGCGGAUGUCAGGAACAACCGGCCUGGCUAACUCGGGCAAUGGCGUCGUCAUCGACAGCGAAGCAUCUCUGGCUGCCAUGCACGAGAACGAAAGUCUCCGUGCUGAAGUCGCAAGCCUACAGGCAGCUGUGCGUUUCCUCCGAGAAGAGAAUCGUCGCUCGAACAUUCUCGACCCGUAUUCCGUCCAGCGAUCCACGGAGAUGCACGCCUGGCUCGACGCACCGCUCACACGCGCUAAACCAACCGCCGAACAAGAGAAAAUUCAACGCACCGCUCUUGAAAGUCGAGAUGUGAUGACGCAUCUCCUCAAACUGACCAAAGAUUCCCAUGUCACCGAUCUCAAAUCCACAAUGGCUGCACCAGUCAGCGGUGAUGGCGAUAAUGCCAGCCGCACUGCCUGGCGCCCAUCGAAGACCCGUCUCCGCUACCAGGUCCUUCAGCAGCGCGAAAACUUCGAGCACUGGGCUGAGUGGCGCGAUGAGAUUGUCAACCACGAACGUGAGCAAGACCGCCUGGUUGCCGCGAAACAAGAGCGUGCAAUGCGGGAUCGCGUUUCUCGGCAUGCUCACAAGGGUUCUGUGGAGUUUCCCCAGGGCUUGGGCCACGGUAUGAUGGGCCGCGCCUGGCAGAUCCUGGGCAUGCAGAAGCACCGCAAAACCGGCUCGAUUAGCACGCCUGCGCCAGAUGGUGUGGAAAUUGUGUCCACUGACUGA